CCACGUGCCCUGUCCUGGGGGUACGUGGGUCUCCCGGGGACGCAGAAUAAACCUUUUCCUUUCCUUUCUUUUCUGAUUCACUGGACUCUAUUUCUUGCGCCGCCUCCUGAGCCACCUAACCUAACAUUUGGUGCCUUGAAACCCGGGUGGCGCGAGCACUCCCUUUGGCCGUCCCUCCAUGGCUCUGGGUGCCCGCCUCUCCCUCCUCGUGGCUCUGGACCCACCAGGACCUCAUCUCUUCAGCUCAGCAACUUUUCCCAGUUUGGCAGCAUCAGCGGCAAUUGCUCCGAGAACACGAGAACAGGUUUCUGCCCAAGCCAGAGCCGACCGACCAGGACUCCCAAGACCAGCCCUUCACCCUGGUGACUCGGUCCUCCUUAAGAACCUACAACCACAAGCCUUGGAGCCUAGGUGGACGGAACCUCACACUGUAAUCCUCACAGCCCCCACUGCGGCCAAGCUGCUUGGCGACCCCAGCUUGACGACCUGUCCUGGCACCGCCUCUCCAGACUCAAGAGGACCCCGGAGCAGCAUGACUUCUAUAAAUGUGAGGUGUUGGGCCCCACUAAGGUCCGCCUUAACCGCCCUCCCCUCUUCCUUCUCCUCCUGGCCCUCAGCAACCUACACCCACCCCCACCCACUUAUGUGUGGAGGUUCAAGGUCCGUGAAACCUACUACCAGAACGGCAAACAAGUCACCCAGCAGGUCUUUGCUGGCUGCCAUCCCACUCACGACUUCUCCAAGAACCCAAGGGAAAGGUGAAUGUCAGCCUCCCGUGGCUGGCAUUCCCCUUUGGGAACCCGAAACUCCAGAGCCCAUCCUGCCCCCACGGAUGUGCUACCAGACCAGUAAUCCGGUAACCGGAGGGCAAGUCACGUGGAACUGCACCCAGAACUACACUGCAUCCAGCCCCACCAAGGCCAGUCCGGGUACCUUCUUUUGGUGCAAUGGCACCUUAAGCAACUGCAUGAACUCCUCUGACCCUGGGCCUUGCUUCCUGGUCACAGUAGUUCCCCAACUAACCUUGUAUGGAGAGUCGGAGCUCACUGGUUGCUCCCUCCAUCCCAUCCCUGGACCCGCCGGGCUGCCUUCCUCCCUGUCAUGUUAGGGGUGAGUAUUGCUGCCUCGGUAGGCCUCACUGGGGGGCCCUCGGGAACAGUCUGGUCACUGCUCAGUACUUUAAUGACAAGCUCCAGUUAGCCCUGGAGUCUACUACCGCCUCUUUUAGCCUCCCUACAGCAGCAAGUGACAUCAGUAGCCCAAGUAGCCCUACAGAACCAGCUCGCCUCAGACCUUCUGACUGCAGAAAAAGGAGGAACCUGUAUAUUCCUUCAGGAAGAAUGCUGUUACUACAUCGAGCCGGAAUAGUGGAGCAAAACGUAAACAUACAGACCCUGACUAAGCUGAGUGAAGAACUACAUGCAGGACACUUCCAGGACAACUCUCCUUCCGGCUGGUUCCAAAGCCCCUUAGCUACCUGGGUCCUACCAUGAUAGGGCCCCUGAUUCUCAUCUGUGUUCUUUUUUCUCCUAGCCCCCUGCCUCCUCAAGUUCAUCCGCUCCCGGAUCGCGGAGAUGUCACGAGUGACUGUGAAUCAGCUCCUGCUCCAUCCCUACACUUGGCUCCCCUCCGACCUGCCUCUGCCUAACCCUGGCCUUUAAAUGCCCCCCCUCGUCGCCCUUGGCCAGCUGGAAGUAGCUAGAAAGAGUCGCCGUCCCUUAUCACCAAAAGGCCGUCCCUUAUCACCAAAAGGCCGGGAUGUUAGGUCGGAGAGAGCCCAGGAUCAGAUACAUGUGAUGAGACAAUGGACUUCCCCUGGAAUUUCUCACAGAUCAAUGUGCCAGACACAGAUACCAGCUUCUUCUCCCUGAAUCCACA